AUCCACUCUAAACUUCAGAUAUAAAAUGAGUGACAUUCUUCAUAACCUUGGUAAAAGAUAAAUUCAUUUUCAUGUUGCUGAGUAUUUUAUUGUUAAUAUUCCUACCAAAGAUACAUAAGCAGUUGGAUAGGGCUGCAUCAGCUGUCUGGUUCUUCCCUUGAUUAAAGCUGCUUCAGCCUAAAAUCUGAGGCUUACAAGAAAAAUAAAUACUAAGCAGAGACUUCACACUUGAUCACACUUUAAAGCAACUAUUUUUGCCAUCUGCUUCUGUAGCAAAUGCACAGAAUGGUUUCCAGCGCUCUGUCACUCUGGAUAGUUGAGAGGUAACUGAAUUAAUCUCAGCACACUCUUUUCGGCUGUAAACUGUAAGGGUGGCACCUGUUCUUCAUUAAAUGCUGUGGAUUCUGUUACACGGGUAGCUUCUCCUUUCUAUCCUGUUUUGUACAUAGUGUCAAACCAUUUGGAAAUGAAAGCUGAUGAGAUCUCUCUUACACUUCUUCAUCAUCAUUUGGAAAGUUUCUGAGAAGAAUGGUGGAGAGGACUGACACAAUGUUGAGUGACACUGUUGCUGGGAAGCACAAACAGACAUCUGCUCGUCAGCAGUAGAACUGAUGAUGGACCAACAGAAGGAUGCCAACAAAGUUCAACUUAGUGAACCAAGAGAAGCAGCACUCCCUCGCUGAACAAAGAGCACCUGGAAAUUUAACACCGAUACACUGCUGGAGCUCACACUUGCUAUGUUUGUGCCAGUUUCACCCCAGAAGAAUUUGGAAACCUAAUUGUCUACAGAGGCCAGAAUGGUGGAAUGAAGCAGGAGGACACUGAAGUGAACUGGAGAGCCAAGCCCUUUCUGGAAAAGCAGCCACUGCCGUGCUCCAGACAACUGUGGCAAGGCAGAAAUGUUGACCUACUGUUACUCAGUGUCCAGUUUCUCAGGCUACGUUAUUGGAAAUUUGAAGUCAUGAAAACAUCAGAUGAACCAACCUGCAACACCUUGGAUUGUCAUUGGAAAAUAAAGAGAAAGCUUAAAGAAUGUGGCCUAUAAAGGCGGGUAGUACUGAAGACAUUAACUGGCUGGUGCUGUCCAAACAGACCAGUUUCUAGACAGUAGAGGUUAUUUUAGUACAGCAUCAAGGUUCAAGACAAAAUGAACAACUAAAAACUUUUCACCUUUCCCUCUUCUGCUUCAGACAGGUACCAGCAUAUGAGAAUUAUGAUUUUCCCUGGUUGAGAGUAUUUGUUUUUGCCUAUGUAGACCAUGCCUAGGAAUGAGGUAUUUUUUUAUUUAAUGUAGAGUAUAAUCGGAAACAUUUUCACAAUGGUAGAUUUCAAGGACUUGGUUCCAAACUGAGCCGAAGUUUCCCAUGUAUUUCGUAGUCUGGGAAAACUGUGCUGUGCUGGCCCAGUUUUGAAGGCCACCAUGCUCUGUAAUAGAAGGAUAUCAUCUUACUGCUGAUAUCUCUGGAGCGCCCCAAGCAGACACAGAAAAUGAAUGGAGGCAAAGAGUGUGACGGAGGAGACAAGGAAGGAGGUCUUCCAGCUAUACAGGUUCCUGUGGGUUGGCAGCGUCGUGUGGAUCAUAAUGGCGUGCUUUACAUCAGUCCCAGUGGGUCUUUGUUGUCUUGCUUGGAGCAGGUUAAGACUUACCUGCUUACUGAUGGAACAUGCAAGUGUGGCUUGGAGUGUCCUCUUAUCCUUCCCAAGGUUUUUAACUUUGAUCCUGGAGCUGCUGUGAAGCAGAGAACUGCAGAAGAUGUUAAGGCAGAUGAAGAUGUUACAAAGCUAUGCAUACAUAAGAGAAAAAUCAUUGCAGUGGCCACGCUCCAUAAAAGCAUGGAGGCUCCACAUCCUUCUCUGGUGCUCACCAGUCCUGGAGGAGGAACAAAUGCAACUCCAGUAGUACCUUCACGGGCGGCAACUCCAAGAUCAGUAAGAAACAAGUCUCACGAAGGAAUUACAAAUUCUGUAGUGCCGGAAUGUAAGAACCCUUUCAAGCUAAUGACUGGAUCAUCAAAUGCCAUGGGAAGGCUUUAUGUGCAAGACCUGCCUGGAAGUCAGCAGCAGGAACUCCACCCUGUCUACCCCCGACAGAGAUUGGGCAGUAGUGAGCAUGGACAGAAAUCUCCAUUUCGUGGUAGCCAUGGAGGCCUACCCAGCCCAGCAUCAUCAGGUUCCCAGAUCUAUGGAGAUGGUUCAAUCUCUCCAAGGACUGACCCACUUGGAAGCCCUGAUGUCUUCACAAGAAACAACCCUGGUUUUCAUGGAGCUCCCAAUUCCAGUCCUGUUCACCUGAAUAGGACUCCUCUUUCUCCACCUUCAGUAAUGCUUCAUGGUUCUCCCGUACAGUCAUCCUGUGCAAUGGCUGGAAGAACUAAUAUACCUCUUUCCCCAACCUUGACUACAAAGAGUCCAGUCAUGAAAAAACCAAUGUGUAAUUUUUCAACUAAUAUGGAAAUACCACGAGCAAUGUUCCACCACAAACCACUCCAAGGCCCACCUCCCCCUCCUCCACCUUCUUGUGCUCUUCAGAAAAAGCCAUUAACAUCUGAGAAAGAUCCACUUGGCAUUCUUGACCCUAUUCCCAGUAAACCAGUGAAUCAAAACCCUAUUAUCAUCAAUCCAACCAGUUUCCAUUCAAAUGUCCACUCUCAGGUACCUGUGAUGAAUGUAAGCAUGCCUCCUGCUGUUGUUCCUCUGCCAAGCAAUCUCCCUUUGCCAACUGUAAAACCUGGUCAUAUGAAUCAUGGGAGUCAUGUACAAAGAAUUCAGCAUUCAGCUUCAACCUCCUUGUCCCCUUCUCCAGUGACAUCCCCAGUGCACAUGAUGGGGACUGGAAUUGGAAGGAUUGAGGCAUCGCCCCAAAGAUCACGCUCAUCUUCCACAUCAUCAGAUCAUGGAAAUUUCAUGAUGCCACCUGUAGGACCCCAGGCCACUUGUAGUGGCAUAAAAGUCCCACCUAGGUCACCAAGGUCAACAAUAGGUUCCCCAAGGCCAUCAAUGCCAUCAAGCCCUUCUACCAAGUCUGAUGGACAUCAUCAGUACAAGGAUAUCCCUAACCCAUUAAUUGCUGGAAUGAGUAAUGUACUCAGUACCCCAAGCAGUGCAGCUUUUCCUACUGCAUCUGCCGGAAAUGGUUCUGUAAAGAGUCAGCCUGGUUUGCUGGGAAUGCCUUUAAAUCAGAUCUUGAACCAGCACAAUGCUGCCUCCUUUCCAGCAAGUAGUUUACUCUCAGCAGCAGCCAAAGCACAGCUAGCAAAUCAAAACAAACUUGCUGGUAACAACAGUAGCAGCAGUAACAAUUCUGGAGCUGUUGCCAGCAGUGGCAACACUGAAGGACAUAGCACUUUAAACACCGUGUUCCCUCCAACUGCCAACAUGCUUCUCCCAACAGGUGAAGGUCAAAGUGGUCGAGCAGCACUAAGAGAUAAGUUGAUGUCUCAGCAAAAAGACUCGUUACGGAAAAGAAAACAGCCACCUACCACAGUAUUGAGUUUGCUCAGACAGUCUCAAAUGGAUAGUUCUGCAGCUCCUAAACCUGGACCCGACUUGCUAAGGAAGCAGGGGCAGGGGUCGUUUCCCAUCAGUUCAAUGUCUCAGUUACUACAGUCUAUGAGUUGUCAAAGCUCUCACUUGAGUAGCAAUAGUACCCCGGGUUGUGGGGGAUCAAAUACUGCUUUGCCUUGCUCUGCUAACCAGCUGCAUUUUCCAGAUCCUAAUAUGAAUUCCACUGUUCUUCAGACACAGAGCAUACCUUUAAGAGGGGAAGCCGUGCACUGCCACAAUGCAAACACUAACUUUGUUCACAGUAACAGUCCAGCCCCCAACCACCAUCUUGCAGGUUUAAUAAAUCAGAUUCAGGCUAGCGGGAACUGUGGGAUGCUCAGUCAGUCGGGCAUGGCUUUAGGAAACUCAUUACAUCCCAACCCACCUCAGUCAAGAAUUUCAGCGUCCUCCACUCCUGUGAUACCAAACAGCAUUGUUAGCAGCUAUAAUCAGACAAGUUCUGAAGCAGGUGGUUCAAGCCUACCGUCCUCCAUAGCUAUAGCUGGCAGCAACCACCCUGCCAUCACAAAGACAACAUCUGUUCUCCAAGAUGGUGUCAUAGUCACCACCGCAGCUGGAAACCCACUGCAGACUCAGCUGCCCAUUGGGAGUGAUUUUCCUUUUGUUGGCCAGGAGCAUGCCCUUCAUUUUCCAUCCAACAGCACUUCAAACAGCCAUCUUCCACACCCCUUGAACCCCAGCCUCCUCAGUUCUCUACCUAUCUCUUUGCCAGUGAAUCAACAGCAUCUCCUAAACCAGAAUCUAUUAAAUAUCCUCCAGCCUUCAGCAGGAGAAGGCAAGUCUGAGAUCAACCUCCACCCUUUAGGUUUUCUGAACCCGAAUGUAAACGCUGCUUUAGCUUUUCUCUCCGGUGACAUGGAUGGGCAGGUAUUACAGCCUGUUCACUUUCAGCUUUUAGCAGCCCUGCUUCAGAACCAAGCCCAAGCAGCUGCCAUGCUUCCCCUGCCAUCUUUCAAUCUGACCAUCUCAGAUCUUUUACAACAGCAAAAUAUCCCUUUUCCCUUAUUAACGCAGAUGACAGCCCCACCAGACCGUUUGCCAGGCAAUCAGCCAGACAACAACCGAGCUGAUAGCCUUUUAGCCAGCCCCCUGGGAAACCCUUUACCGAGCUUUCCAGGCAGUGACACUACUUUUAACCCCCUGCUCCUCCCAGCUGUCACUGGGGCCUCAGGAUUAAUGGCCUUGAAUCCCCAGCUGUUGGGAGGUGUCCUGAACUCGGCAUCGGCCAACACCGCUAAUCAUCCAGAGGUUUCCAUAGCAACCUCCUCCCAGGCAACCACUACCACAACCACUACAUCAUCAGCAGUGGCAGCACUGACUGUCUCAACACUUGGUGGGACAGCAGUGGUGUCAAUGGCAGAAACAUUGCUGAAUAUAUCUAAUAAUGCUGGGAAUCCACCUGGUCCAGCUAAACUCAACAGUAACUCUGUGGUGCCACAGCUACUUAACCCUCUACUGGGGACAGGUCUGCUUGGUGAUAUAUCAUCAAUAAACAAUUCUUUGAAUAACCAUCAACUGACUCAUCUACAGUCACUGCUAAACAGCAAUCAGAUGUUUCCUCCGAGUCAGCAGCAGCAGCACCUUCUCCAGGGACACCAGAAUCUCCAGGCCUUCCAAGGACAACCCACUCUCCCUUGCCCAGCUAACAGUAACCCCAUGGCUUGUCUGUUUCAGAACUUUCAGGUGAGAAUGCAAGGAGAUGCAGCUCUUCUGAAUAAAAGAAUAAGCACUCAGCCGGGGCUCACAGUGCUUCCUGAGAACCCAAACACUGCACUUCCACAUUUCCAAGAUACACCUUGUGAGCUGCAGCCAAGGAUUGACCCAUCUCUUGGUCAGCCAGUGAAGGAUGGCCUCAUGAUCGGUGGCCAAGGUGAUGCCUCUGUAGAUGCCAUUUACAAGGCAGUUGUGGACGCAGCCAGCAAAGGAAUGCAGGUUGUCAUCACCACUGCCGUCAACAGUACAACUCAGAUCAGCCCUAUUCCAGCUCUGAGUGCCAUGAGUGCCUUCACUGCCUCUAUUGGUGACCCACUGAAUCUGUCCAGUGCCGUGAAUGCUGUCAUUCAUGGGCGGAACAUGGGAGGAGCAGAUCAUGACGGCAGGCUGAGGAAUGCAAGAGGGGCACGGACACCCAAGAAUAUAGACCAUGGCAAACACUCCAGUGAAGGAGAUGGGUUUGAGUAUUUCAAGUCAGCAAGUUGCCACACAUCCAGAAAACAGUGGGACGGGGAGCAAAGUCCCAGAGGGGAGCGCAACAGGUGGAAAUAUGAGGAAUUCUUAGAUCAUCCAGGCCAUAUCCACAGUAGUCCUUGUCAUGAAAGGCCCAACAAUGUUUCUACACUGCCAUUUCUAGCUGGGGAACAGCACCCAAUACUGUUACCACCAAGAAACUGUCAAGGGGAUAAAAUUCUGGAGGAAAAUUUCAGGUAUAAUAACUACAAAAGAACUAUGAUGAGUUUUAAGGAGAGACUGGAGAGCACUGUGGAGAGAUGUACACACAUUAAUGGAAACAGACCUCGUCAGAGUCGGGGCUUUGGAGAGCUGCUAGGCACCACCAAACAAGAUCUAGUCCUCGAGGGGCAGUCUCCCGGUUCUUCAAAUAGUCUGGAAAGUUCUCUGGUCAAAGACUACAUCCAUUACAAUGGAGACUUUAACGCCAAAAGCAUUAAUGGGUGUGUGCCUAGUCCCUCAGACGCUAAAAGCAUUAGUAGUGAAGAUGACCUAAGGAAUCCAGACUCCCCCUCUUCACAUGAGUUGAUACACUAUAGACCAAGGACGUUCAACGUUGGCGACUUGGUCUGGGGCCAAAUCAAAGGACUGACUUCCUGGCCUGGAAAAUUCAUAAGAGAAGAUGAGGUCCACAAUUCAUGCCAACAAAGCCCCGAGGAAGGGAAGGUGGAGCCCGAGAAGUUGAAGACCCUAACAGAAGGUUUAGAAGCCUACAGCCGAGUCCGGAAAAGGAACAGAAAAAGUGGAAAGCUAAAUAACCAUUUAGAAGCUGCUAUUCACGAGGCCAUGAGUGAACUGGACAAAAUGUCUGGGACUGUUCACCAGAUCCCACAGGGUGACAGACAAAUGAGGCCUCCCAAACCCAAGAGGAGGAAGAUCUCCAGAUAACAGAGACUGUUCCAUUGACACCGUGCUUAUCAAAGGAGCACGCACAGAUACAUCUGUAUGUAGGUAUUACUAUGGCCAUUGUUGGAUCAGUAUGUAAACUAUGGCAGAUAGCUACCACCACCACAGGGUGCUAAAAGGAACAGCGAUGGAGACAUACUUUGAUCAGGAAGGAAAAUGAAUGUUUAAAACAAAACAAUCAAAAGUCCCUGUGUGAACAAAGUGAUAAAUGGUCAAGUGAUUGCUAAGAAAUGUUUUCUAUUAUACUAAAAUUGUAAUUAUAAGAAAUAGUCCAAAUGUUUCUGAAGAAUUUUCAGUGUUGUAUAUAGAAAAUACAGAAUUUCAUGGCGAUAUUAGAAAUGUAAAUAUUGUACAAUAUUGUCAUGUACAAGCAUACUUAAUGCACACUUUAUCUUUUAUUGUACAAAGAAAUAGUGUAAAAAAAAAUCUUUGGUUUCUAUGGAGUACACCUACCAGAGACUACCAGUGUAAAGUGAUAAAUAAAAAUACAACCUAAAUGCUUUUCUAUGAUAAUGUAAAAGAUGCUGGUUUUGUAUUUAACAGCAGAGAAAAAGGCAUGAUGAUGUAACCCACAAAUUAUAACAAACACUGCACACAGAGUGUCCAUUUAUAAUGUCUCUCUAGCAGGAACCUUACCCAGAAGCGCAAGACUCAGGUUUGGGUGUCUAGGAAGCCUGCAUAUUUCUGAAGGGAUGAGUGCUCAUGGCCUAAAUCAAGAAUUCAGGAGCUCAACCGUUUGUUACAUUCUUGUUGUUCUAUAGUUUUAUACAUUUAUAUAAUGAAUUUGAGUCACUUCCCAUCCUCCAUUCCAACUCCUUUCUCUCCUCCCUCUUUCCAAUAUGUCCCCACCCUAGGUUCAUGUCUUUCAGUGUCUGACUACUGAGAUUGAUUACAGUUCCUUGCCUGAGCAUGGGCGGGCGGUUACUUACUGGAGCAAGGGCAAUUUGUGGCUACACCAGGAGGGAAGCUGAGGAGGCUACCCAGCAAUCAUAAGCUGCGGAUAGUCCCUCAGAGUGGACUUGGGGCCACAUGGGCACCUCCACCAUCCAUGGUGAAAUGUUGACAUGUUCAAUCAAGUGCAGCCCUUGUGCAGAUAACCCACAGCUUCAGGGACUUCACGGGUGAACUGGUCAGGACACAUCAGAGCACACCUCCCUAUUCUAUGGCUCUUACAUUCUUUUAGUCCCCUUUUCCUACCCUGGAAAGGUGAUAGGACUGUUCCAUUUUGGGCAUUUUUUAAAAACUAAGUUUUACAACAGAAUAGGUUUUAUAAAAUUAAAAAAAAGUAGAUGAACUAUUUAACUUAAUCAUUUAUUUAGUAAGUUUUUUAUAACCACUUGUUGAACUUGUUUUCCACCAAUGAUUCUCAGCAUCAAAGUUUUUUUGGUUUUGGUUUGGUUUUGUUUUUGGCAGACAACAUCUGACACGGUAAAACUUUUCAUUUCUACACAUGGAGGCAGAAGCCACACUUUGAAAUCAUCAACAAACAUAAGGAUGAUAACAGUUCAGUUUUUAUUUUUUGUAGCAAAAGUAAGUCAAACCACAUUUUAUAUCAUUCAUCAAUGCCACUUUACCCAGAAGUGAAAGUGGCUUGCAAAAUUAUGAGCAAUGUAAUUUUAUUAGUAUUAUGUAGCAUAUCAGAUUUAUUUUAUUUACAGAAUUAUUUAUACCAUUCACAUCAUAUAUAUAUAUAUAUAAUAUAUGGCUGAAAUAUGUGGGUUAAGUGUUAUUACCCAAGUUAUUUAUGUUACAUUAAAUAAGAAAAAUGUAAAAAAAAAUGUAGAAAGUUAACUCCAUUACAAAUAUACAAACCUAAAACUGUGAGCCAUUGUCAAAUACAAGGUAAUGAGUAAUAAUGGAGCUCAGUGUAUGCAGCUCCCAUCUGUUUCCCAAUUCUAUGUUAUGAUGGCAUAAACAAAAUUUCAGACAACCUCAGCUACAGACUGUCGGAAGAAAGGAUCUGUUAUCCCUCUUUCUUGGAACCAGUCUUCAGCCAAAACCCAAGAAAGCACUGCCGGUCCUCUAGUUCUGGUCACUGUGUAACCCUGCACUCAGCUGCCAGGAAGAUUGUCCCUUGCCAGGCUCUGGGCUCCUAGAUACCGUGACCUCCUAAACUCCUCAAUCCUAUCAGGGAACAGAGUUCCAGGAACUCGGGGGGGGGGGGGGGGAGGAGACAAAACCCAAGUUGUUUCUUCUGAGAUUUCCCCCCAGAUCUUUUUUGUCUGUCUACUCUGUUCCCACCUCAGCCCUUAUCCUCAAGCCUGGUGGAAUACAAAUAGCUACAUUUAGGAGUACUUCUUUGGUGGGUAUGUUCAUUUUGUCUUUGGGGAAGGGGUUGGGUAUCAAGAUAGAGGGUCGCACAACUGCCCAGGCCUUCAGUCAAUCACAUAAAGUAAUCUUCUGUGUCAUGUAGGAAAUACAUGUUUGUUACAAGUUGAUAUGUUUGGUCUGUUUAAGCCACUGAUGUUUUUCUUUUGCAUCAACUCUCUUUUUCCUGCUGUGUCCAUAGUUGUGUUUACCCUCAGAUAGACAUAGACAUGUUUGUGUGUUCAGUGUGUCUGCAUGUGUUAUGUGUUGCUGUACAGAAGAUGGUUUAGCCUCUUUAGACUGACUGAACCACACCUUCUCUGGGUGUUUUGAGUGAGUUCCAUGGGCAUCAUGAUAUACUUUGCAGCAGGAAACCAUGCAGAAUCUGUUUCCACCAUGACCUCUCUGUUGCCUGUAGCUUUGCUGUACGUGCAAGAUCUAGUUGCCUCUGUCCAAUGGUCCUUUCUCCUUUCUCUUACAGUUCCAUGGGUUCACAUAAGCAGGGAAUGUAAAUACUGUCAGGAUUUUAGGUCAUGCAAAGCUGUAACACUUUUUUAAAUGUUAUACCUACCUUACAAUUUUAAAACUGGUCACUCAUACUUCAUCUUUCCUUCUUUUUGUAUUGAAGUCAAAUUAUUUUUAAAUGAAAACUAGCCCUUCUAUGAGAGUAAAAUUUUUAUUUCCUAAAAUAACAUUUUUAAAGGAAAAAAAAAUAAAGCAUUGGGAAAGAAUGAGAUUUUUUUUUCCCUUUAGUUGUCCUAAGUACUAAGGGAAAUGUAAUUCAUUUCCUGUCCCUUCACAGUUCCAGGAAGCACACAGAAUAAACUACACGUCUAAGUAAUUUUAACAGAUUGUUUCAAAUGAGUAAAAAUUAACUAGAAGGCCCUGUAUGAUGUCUUGUAGCAUUACAGGCAAUUUAGGACCUGCUUUCAAAAUGCAUUUAAAGGAAAAUAUUUGGAACAUAUGUUUUCAGAUGCACUUUGAAUGAAAGUACUUGAAGAGCAUUCAUCCCAUAUGAUAUCAUGAGCCACACUUAGUCAUUUAUUAAGACCCUGAUGUGGGAGUUUUGCUGUGUCUGUCUUUAAAGUAAACAUGGGCCUUCUUACUUUGUAACAGCGCAGCAGUUUGGGAGGAGCUGAGGUCAAUAGUUCACCUUCUGUAAGUUUUCUGAAGAUUCACAGACCACAGGAGUUGAUUUUUCAUUUCGGAUGAUAAUAACACAUUGUUGUUAAUGGUGGUGACCAUCCAUGCAGUGUGUGGUCUUCUCCUGCAAGUCACAGCAAUUUUGCAUUAGGAUUUAAGUUCUGGUAAGAUGUUUAGGAAGUUGGUAGCACUGUUUUUUCUGAAGAGAAAGCCAAUAUUCUAAAUCUCUCAACUAAUACCCAUUUCUUUUGACCAUUUGUGCCCAAGUGAUAUGAUGCAAAACUCAAGAUAUGCCAACCCACCAUAUGCUGUUAGUUUAUCAUUUUUUUCUCUCUAUCAUGUUUACAUUAGCCAAAGAUAUAAGAACAUUAAUAAUUCAUAUGUGUAAACAAUCCAAAAUGAGUAUUAAAUCAGUGAUUCAAAAAGCAGUAAACAGCAGAAUCAUGGGAAAUCCUAACAACGGGGAGUCUGAAAAGAAAAAAAAAUGUUGGAAGUAUUAUCUUCAAAUAUGAACGUUAAUUUGUAUCUACUGUAAAUAUGUAUAAUCAGCCUUAUCUGCUUUUAUACACACUGUGUGUGUACCUCAAUGACCUUUUAUAAACCUGAAAAAUGGUUGAUUUAAUGAUUUGUUAUGUAAAUACAAAGUUGUCUAUAAAUUGGAAAUUUGAUGCCAUACGGCUUCAUAAUAUACAAAUGUUUUUUGUAACAUUAUGCCUUCAUGAGUUAAGUACAAAUACAUUGGACUGUGCGUGUAGAAGGGCGGUAGUUCACAUCUCACAUUUCAAGUGGAUAUUUUUGUCUAGAUGUUUAUACCUUUAGAGAAAGAAAAUGACAUGAAACUUUUCAAUGUGAAAAACAAAUUCAAAUAUGAUUCCAUUUUCCCCAAGCCCCCAUUUACAUACAAGACUGCUGAACUCUGUGCUAAAUAUCAUGCAUUAUGAAAUUUCCAUAGGAUAGUUAAUGAUCUGUGCCAAGGAUCCAUGUAGAAAAAUUUCCCAAAGGCAAAUACUCUACUGGAGAGCCUACAAAUCUCUCUUUCAGACAUUAAGCAAGGGAAUAGUCCCAGCAUUCCUACUGGUUUGGAACCUGCUCUUUUCCACUUUGUUCCCAUGGAUCUUAGAAAGGAUGACAUCAGUGAAUAGGCCUUAACUCCUGUUUCUCAAGAGUCUGGCAAGUGUCACCUCGACAGAGGGCUUCUCAGCCUUGGUACUAAUGACCUUUGGGACCAGGUCAUUUCUGAUUGAAGGGGCUGCCUUGUACAUUCUAAGAUGUUUCACAGUGUCCCUUCCCUCACAGCUCUGUCAGUAGCACCCUCUUCCAAGUUUUAAUGAUCAAAAGUGACUCCAGACAAUACCAAGUAUCUGCUGACAUAGAAGAGUGUGGAGGUUCAAACUGGAAUUUUAAAAAAAAAAAAAAAAACCCACUGCCUAAAUUGAGCCAGUUUGGGAACAUAUGUCUGUGUAAACUAUGGACAGACUUGCAUUAUGUAAUAAUUAGAAAACUGAUUCCAGAAGCAGCCAAAAUUGAUGUCAACUGAGUGUGUCUUAACCCACCGUGGUUAAGAAAGUGAAUAAUAUCGGCCCCACUUUGAACGUCAUGCUUUUCAGGGGUGUUCAACAUCAUUUGAUACUGUAGUAUAAUAUUGUCAUCUACAAAUGUGUUAGCUAUCCUGGACACACUGGCACUUGGCUGCAAAUUGUACAUACCUGCUCAAUCAUGAGACCCAAGAUAAUCAAGACUGAAAUAAUGGCUUAGGAGAGUUACCUAAAUACCUGUGGCUCGGAGUCUACAGAAGACCGAUAGCCCAUGUAAUACUAGGAUCGUUAGGGAGUGGAAGUUGAAGAUGGGUGUGUAGAUGCUUACCCUGGAAUAUGAUGAGGUGUUUGCUAAUGAGGACCAUGACACACGCAUGUUCUCCAUAGUUGCCUAGUUGAGGUAUCAGUAAUUUUUGGUUAUCCUCUCAACAAUUCUGACGGAAGCGAUUCGGAAGCUCUUACAGGUAUCAUUGCUAUCUUUAUUCACCUAAUAAAUCUUUACUACAUGGCAUCGUGUCUGACACCCUGUGUGAAGCAGUGGAGAUCCUGGUAAGCAAGACAGGCUCAUUCCCUGCCCUCAUUGAAUGGAUGGAGGGGACAGACAAAUAAGCAUGUAAGUACGAUAAUGAUAAGGGACAGGGCAGGGACAUCGCGUGUCUGCUGACUCUGCUUAUAGGGGUAAGGCUUAAAACAUAACUGGUGGGAAAUGAAUAGGAAUUAGGCAAAAGAGAGUAUGUGAUACAUGAUAGUAUAUUGAAGAUGUGCUAGAUACAGCAGAAUAGUGCAUGUUAAGGCUUGGGGGUUAAAGUAUGAAAGAAAAUGCUGGAAGAGCCACAGGGGCUAGGUACCAUGGUUUUUUUUUGUUUGUUUGUUUUGUUUUGUUUUGUUUUUUACUAUGUAUUGAUCAGAAACUACUGUAUAGACUUUUAAAGAGUUCUAUGACUAGGUUUGUGUUUUAGAAAAAAUAUGUUGGGUGCAAUGUUAAGAGCCAGAAAAAAAAAAAAGUCAGCCCUGGUAUACAACUAGUCCAAAAUUGAGGCACGAAGAUGACAAGUUCAAGACUAGAAAGUGGUUUCAAAGGCUGGGCAACUAAGUGAGACCCUGUCUCAAAAUGAAAAAUGUAAAAAGUCCUGGGAAUACUGUUCAGUUGUACAGUUCUUAUCUAGCAUGUAUGAAGUUCUAGGGUCAAAUCCCAGUAACACACACUCACAUACACACAUAAACUCAUACACAAUGAACGGGCCUAAAACUAAAGAGCAUGAAAAUCUCCUCUGAAGAAUAGCAUUCUUCAAGUGCGUAAACUUUAUAAUUAUUUUAAAUACCAGCCUACCAUAAAUUUCCAGACUUGUUGAUUAAAUGCCAUCCCAGCCCUGAGGUGUGUCUGUGUGUGUUUCUAAUAUACAUAGACCAUUCUUAACCUGAAAUUUAAAUCCUCCAAAAGGCAAAAGUAGUUUAGUGAAAAUAUCAUAUCUCUGGUGGAAAAUUCCACACCUAAUAGCACAUGAUGACUCACAGUCAAAAGUCAGAUGCAAUAUAAUUUUUGUGUUAAGUUACCUCAGUGUGUAUGUUUGUAAAAGGUACACACAAAAAAUUAAUCUGGGGUCUAAUUCCCAAGAUGCCUCAUUAUAUAUAUGUAAAUAUUCUAAAAUCCAAAACACCCCAAAAUCUAUAAGACAGCUCACCCCAGCAUUUUCAGUGCAGGAUCCUCAGCUGCAGUCAUGGGGACACGACAGUUGGCUGCAGCCUUACUCCUAUUUCUCCUUUUUUUCCCUUUCACAGGUAGGAAAGCAAGUGUAUCUAUUCUGAGUAUCAAAGGUUGGGAAGUUUUAAAACCCUAGAGUAUUUUGCUAGAGUUAUAGGAAGUUGACCAGAACGCACAGGUAAGUGUAGGUCAGGCAUUUGGAGUGAAUUACCUGUCUGUCUCCUGGAAAAUAAGAAGCUGUGGCGGAAGGUGCAAGAGACUCGAAAUACAAGGUGAGCACUAAAGAUUAUGCACGGACAGGAAAGCAGAUCAAAAGGGGUCAGGGCCUAGAAGAGGCCAUCUGACUGUUGGGACUCCACCCCACAGCAGGAGAGAGCACGUAGCCUUUCAUCAUGUGUACCAGCCUGUGGUUCUGUGUGUGUUCUGCAAACAUCCCAACCACAAUUAAUCACUGUCUGUACUCAAUGACCAGUGAAAUUUCAAAAAUAAAUAAACAAACAGACACUAACAAAACAAACAAAAGCCAUCCUAUCCAAUGGCCUCUGGGCCAGCAAAUAUUCCUUCCCUAUAACAUGAGGUCAUGUACACAGAAGUGGACCCUGCAUGGAAGCAGUCCAUUAUAAUGGUUACAAACUGGGCCCUAGAGAGCCCUGAUGGAUAUGUGCUCUUGUGUAGUUUGAAUUUGGAAAAGUCCUUCAUCUGAAAACAGGAUAAUGGCACUUGCUUUGUUGUGUUAAAAACUGGGUGACUUGAGAGAGAAAACUCUUAAUGCUGUGCACUGUUAAACUGCAAUGUAAAAUUUUAAUCAUCAGAGGGUUCCCCCUGCCAGAAGAAGGGAUUAUCAGAUACUGGCAUUGUCUAGAAUGCUGUAAGUCCUGGGAAGCCUCUAACAGACAACAGGGUAUCUUUUUCCAGGGCCAUGCUACCAAAGUGAAUCCACAGAGAUGCCUUUUGUGGUUCCUCUUCCCAACCCCAGGUAUCUGGGCUGGCUUAGCUACAUUGUUUCCUGGAUGAACUCUACCAUUCAUGAUGCUACAUACAGAAAUAAGCCAACAAUAUUUCCCAAGUAAUCUAGGAAUUUGUUUCUCCAAGAAGCUACAUGAAUUGGUUCUAGUAACCAGGGAAGAAUCAGAAUUGAAUUUGAAUUUUUUUCUAAGCCUCAGCAACAUAAUGAAAUUGAGCACAGCUCUGCAAAUAAAUAGUAGUUAGACUUCAAACAUAUAAACAGCCAACGAUGCAGAGUUCAGGACAGGCGAGAAUGUAUUUAAGUUGAGAGACUGAAAUGCGAGGUUUCAGUCCUCAACAAUGAAUGGCUCCAUGUUCUAGGAUGAACCACUAGAAUGAUCCUGCAGUGCAACUCCUAGGAUGUGACCUCUCCAUUUCUUAGUUUUAUCACCUGACAAAUACCAGUGAGCUUAGAAGCUACCUCAUAAAACUGUUGGAGUGUUAAAUUUGCAUGGAUAAACUACAUACAGUAAGUGCUAUAUAAGUAUAGCUAUUAUUAUAAUAGUUAUACAUGUAAUGAUUAAUUAUAUCCACUCUAAUACAGCUAGGCUUCUCCUGGUUAUUCCAUGAACACGUGGGAAUGGUACAGCCUCAAGUUAGUAGCUUAAAUAAUCUACCAUGUGUUGGUCUCUUUCUGGUUGGAUCUUACUGGUCACAUUUAACUGUGUGUAGUUAAAUGUGUCCUCUUGCUUAAACAUGAGUACUUAGAAUUAUAACCACGCUAGAAUCAAGAAGUUUCCAAAAGGGCUAGAGAGAUGGCUCAGAAGUUAGGAGCACUGGCUGUUCUUCCAAAGGUCCUGAGUUCGAUUCCCAGCAACCACAUGGAGGCUUAUAAUCAUCUAUAGUGAGAUCUAGUGCCCUCUUGCCUGCAGGCACAAAUUCAGGCAGAAUACUGUAUAAAUAAUAAAUAAAUAAGUUCCUAGAAGAUUUGAGUAUGAGAGUUAGAAGGAUGUGGGUUGGGGUGGGUUCAUAACUAUCCUAGAAUUCGUUGUACCCCAAAGACUAGCAUGAAAUGAAAAGAUAUACUGAGGAAAUGACAUAUGUAGUGGUAGUAUUUUUAAGUGCUAUGAAAGAUUAUUUCCUAAUUGGGAGUUCCUAUCUAAAUACUAUGCCCAGACUUUUGCAUACUGUGAAGACUUAGGCACACCUUUCUGUAAAAGGGUGAUAGAAAGGUAACUAAACCAUACUCCCAGCAGUGCCCCUGUGGGGUUUCCUGUUCGUGGAGCUGCCUGGGUAUGAGAAAGCUGUGUGGGGGCUCAGGUGAGAAGACUGGUGAGCUGGUGAGCUCAACUUUCCUUUCCGAGUUCAUCUUUAGCAGUUGCCCUGAUCGUGCGGAGCAUGACUUCAGAUCUUUCCCAUGACCCCUCACAGGCUCUGCCCCUGUUUUUGCACAAGUGGUGAUUAUAUUGAAUAGGUAAGUUCCUUCAAAUUUCAGUAUCACCAUGGAGACAAGAACUGGUAACUUCAGGCUGAUUCUCAUUGCUCUGGUUUAUUUGUCAAAGAACAGGAAACAUCAUUUCACAGGAGCUGGGAAACAAACCUGCAAGAACUGGCCUGGAGAAUAUACCUGCUAUCACUUGGAGAACCAUCUUUGGGGCAUGAUUCAGUAAAGGCUAGGUAACUCACUCCCCACUUCUCUUGGCCUACUGCCUCUUUCCAGUGUUCCCAAAGGAGCUGAGAUGCGGUGGAAAGGGGCAGAAGCAAGCAUUGUCAUUUUGAGUGUAAUUAGAGAUCUUACCCAGCAAUUGUCACCAGUAGCAUACACUUCUGAGUGGAAGAAAAAGAUGAAAAGUGUGGUUGGCCCGAAGUGCAAAACUACUCUUCCCCCUUCUCCCUUUUUCCUUCCCCUACCCCACUUCUCCUCCUUGUUGAUCCAGGGUCUCACUGUGUAGCCCAGACUGACUGAACUCCCAAUCUUCCUGUCUCCAUGCAGCUUGGAUUUCAGGUGUGUAUCACCAUGCCUGGCUCCCUUUUUUUUCCCCUCCUAAGGCAAUGGUUUCCACCCUCUUUUUAA